AUGACUGCCGUCGAGACUCUCGUCCAGCCUGACAUUCAGUACCAUCCCGACUGGGACAAAUACCAGGCCCGAACAGCCCGACGCAAGGCCACGGAGACUCUCCCCCAGACCGUACCCAACGGCUUUCCCACGGAACUGGUCUCCAACCUCGUCUGGGAAGGCAAGGAUGUCGCGAGUCGCGAUGACUGGGUGGUGCGUUUGAGCGAGACGGAGCUGGAUGAGAUCCAUGGCGCCUUGCAGAGCUUCAAAGCGCGCAAUCUCCCCUGGGGAGCGAUCGAUCAAUCCACCUUCCCUCUACCAACGCUACACGAUCGCCUCCGCCAGCAAUCGCGAGAAUUACACCUGGGCCGGGGAUUCUUCGUCCUGCGCGGCCUACGCAUCGACCACUACUCCCGGGAAGACAACAUCAUCAUCUACGCGGGGGUAUCCGCGCACGUCGGCAACAUCCGCGGACGGCAGGAGGACCAGCGCUUCAGCAGCGGCACGUCGCUCGUGCUCUCGCACAUCAAGGACAUCACGCGCACCACGCGCGCCGGCACCAUCGGCGCGCCCUCCAACACGGCCGACAAGCAAGUCUUCCACACCGACGCGGGCGACAUCGUCUCGCUGCUGUGCCUCCACCCCGCGGCCGCCGGCGGCGAAAGCAAGAUCGCCAGCAGCUGGCUGGUGUACAACAUCCUGGCGCGCGAGCGCCCGGAUCUGAUCCACACUUUGUCGCAGGACUGGCGUUGGUUGAUGCGCAACAAGCUCUUGUCCACGCUGGCGGACGCCGAGAAGGGAGGGGUGGAGGCGACGUUCGUCAGGAAGUAUGCGCUGCGGUCCAGUAAUGGCGGGGCGGUGGCGGAUGAUUAUGCCAUUCAUGGUGGGGGGUUCCCGGUGCGGGUGCGCGGGGUGGAUGGGGUGGUGGGCGUCAUUGUGGUCAGUGGGUUGAAGCAGGAGGAUGAUCAUCAGGUGAUUGUCGAUGUGGUGCGGGAGUUUAUUUCGCAGGGUCAUGGGGGAGAGGUGCCUUCGGCUUAA